GGGAGCUCAAUCGUCAAGUAUGGAGUACAACCAGGACGAACUUUCUUCGCCUUCGUGGUUGAGUAAUGCAUUCUUUCAGCAUGUUCUGAGUAGGUUCGAGAACGAUUCAACGGUACGAUUAGUGGACACCUGUGAGCUACGUCCGGGGACGAAAGCUGGAGAUCAUUUUGCUAGUGUGAUGUACAGGACGACAGUACGAUACCGAGUCGGUGGAGAUCAGCAGACUAGUGCACUUUUCUUGAAAUCGAUCGAUCUCAUUAUGAAGAUUAAACCGCUGCAGGAGGGUCUCAAGAAGGAGCUGCUUAAUGAUGACGAUUUUUUUGGAAAAGAAAUUCAAAUGUACACUAAAGUUCUUCCGGAAAUGGCUCGUUUGAUGGAGAGCAUCGGAGAGGAGUACAAAUAUCCAAGACUGAUCUACGCUGCCGAGAAGCCUCAUACAAUAAUCAUCCUAGAAGAUAUUAGCCCACAGAAAUGGAGAAUGAAGGGUCUGUUGGACAGUUUCGAAGAUUUGAAGCCAACAAUCGAUGCAAUUGCCAAAUUCCAUGCAGCGUCCAUGAUGAUGCAACAACAGGAUCCAGAAUUCAAACUUCAAUUCCGGUGCACCAUUCCGGACACUUUCCGAAGUAUGCGAAGUAUGACGGAUGCGUGUUUUCAUUCGUUCGUGAACUUUCUUCGAGAGGAUUUGUCACUUCCAGAGUUCGUUGCACCGGUGCAAAGCUUCCAUCAAACAAUUGACGAUAGGAUACGGGCAGCAUAUGCCACUUCUGAAACGUGUGCUAACGUACUCAUUCACGGUGAUUUCCAUUUCAAAAAUCUACUUCACCUGGAGUCCGAAGACAGAGUGGUUAAUACGAUGUUCGUGGAUUAUCAGAUGUGCAGUUGGAGUUCACAAACGGUCGAUCUGUUCUACCUUACCUACAUGAUACCAACACAAUCGGUUAAAACACAUCAUCGAGACGAGAUCGUCUAUCGCUAUCAUCAAAAGUUCACCGACCUAUUAAGGAGCUUGAACUUUUCCGGGUACAUACCGUCGCUGAAUGCGUUACAGCUCGGAAUGCUUUCGAACGGACAACUUGAACUGUUCCAUUACAUCGUGUUCUCUGCGUUUCGAUACAUUGAUUUGUCAAAAGUAGACUCUGAGGCAUUUUUCCAGGGAAAGAUCGCCAAUCCCGCUUUGCAGAUUGAAGAGUUCCGAGAAGCGAUGCGAAAGGAGUUGAAACGGUUUCUACAUCAGGGUGUGCUCUAA